AUGGCGACGGCUAACACUCCACAGCUAAUAGUCUCACCGUUCACUCCAUCGCAAAUUGCCCUACCCCAGUCUGUCAGCGGUCAGCGGUUAAUAUCAUUUUUGGAUCCUCAUGUUUCCGCACCAAAUACCAGUGGCCAUAGACUCGAGGAAAUACUCUCAUGGGAUAAUGACCGACUUAGUAAUGAGAGAGGUUAUACGUGCUGGUUAUUCCCAGUGGCGUUUGGAUCAGACCUGCUCGACCAGCAGACAAUUAUUUACAUUCGUAGUCAAAAUGCAAUACUAAGGAACUUCAGAGCAUCGUUUACCCGAAUGAUGUUCUUCUACGGGUUUGAUGUUUCUUGGGAUCAAAAAGACGAGUCUCGGCUUGUAAUCAGUUAUGCACAAGACAACAGAGACGCCUUCAAACGGUGGCUAAAAGAUGCAGACCACAACCACUCGCGAAUCGCGCGAAUGCUUAUAAGCCUUCGUGUAUUCUGUCUGGAGCAAGAGGCACUUACAGCUUACGAAUCAUUUCUUACCAUUAAUGGAAACUUCGGAAGCCCCGUUUCGAAUGCUUCAUUGCAAUUGUGGACACACUCCGUAAAUGAUUCUUUGUUUGGUAUUUCUCAGGGCCUUUUGAAUUAUCAGCCGCAAUUCUUUGUAAGACGAGUGAGUGAAACCAAUGAUACCCAGCAGCCUACCUAG